UUUUUAUUACCCUGCUCCUUUAUAUUUCUUUUUGCCCGUGCAAGAAACCCCCCUGGGGAUAACUGCUACGGCAGUUAUUAGUAAAAGACGGAGAUGAAGGGAGGACGCGCCACAAAAACACUACAAUACAAGUACAAUGAUGCAGCGGGGCAUCUGGUUAAAGCCAAAUCCACCGUGCGGAGGCUGCCAUCAAUAUCCGUAUCGAGUUUGAGGUAGCAGUAGCUCCGAGCUUUUAAAGCCCCGUCACGCGCGCCUUCACCGGGACGCAGAUUUCGCUAGAACUGACGAGAGCAGCAGUAGGCGCGGUCAGGUCAUCUCGGCUGGUAAACAUGUGCGACCCCCACGCCGCACGCCGGCAAUUACUUCCGCGGGCGUCUUUGGUGCCCGUCUUAACUGCGGUUCUUGCCGGGGCGGCCUGCCUGCGGUUGCCGUUCGCGCUAAAGCUCCACAGCCUGUGGCCCUGUCAGCCCUCAAACUGCGCCCAACGCGCGAUUAUGGUCCAUGAGUAGAAGAUACGGCGUCAAUUAAGCUCUGGUAGGUGCGCACACAUGAGUAUAGGACAGUACGCUUACUUGCCCGCGUCAAUGCACUGGCCUAGUUCUGGCAUGACGGUGAUCGGAUCGGGUGCACUGUGCUGUGCUUGCAAGUUGGCCUCGCGUGGGGGCCCCCGCAAGGACGCGUGCUGAUUGUACCGCGCGUUCUUGCUUGAAGGAUUGGUUUCCCCUUUUAUGCAGGGAUUCGAUUCUCUUGGCCUGCCUGACCCUGCCCUGCCCUGCCCCUAUAUAGCUGUGACGCCACUGUGGCAGAAGCUUCUGCUUUUCGAUGAUUGGGGUUGUACGUUUCCUGCCAGUGGAAUGUUAAGAUACUUGGGCUGGUGAGAUACUCUGCAAGCAAUGGAUCGACGCAGCUGGCCUUGGAAGAAGAAAUCAUCUGACAAAUCAUCAAAUGCGGAUGUGCUGCAGAAUUUUAAUCAUGCAGAACAGGAAGAUAAAGCUCCAAAAUUUGUGCAAAUUUCACCUGAAACAUAUGCACAUCUUACCGAGUCAGAGGAAAAAGUAAAAAAAUUAGAAGAAAACGUGAAGGUCUUGAAUGAAAAACUCUCUGCAGCGCAAUCUGAGAUCACAACUAAAGAUGCUCUUGUGAAGCAGCAUGCAAAAGUUGCUGAAGAAGCUGUAUCAGGUUGGGAGAAAGCUGAAGCAGAGGCCUCCGCGCUCAAGCUUCAGCUAGAAACUGUUACAUUAUCUAAGCUAGCCGCUGAAGAAAGAGCUGCACAUCUGGAUGGUGCAUUGAAAGAAUGCAUGAAGCAAGUAAGGGCUGUUAAGGAAGAAGGUGAGCAGAAGCUACAUGAUGUAGUCUUUGCAAAAACCAAACAGUGGGAGAAGAUAAAGGCCGAGUUAGAAGCAAAAUUACUUGAAUUUGAACAGGAACUCAUAAGGGCUGGUGCUGAGAAUGAUGCACUCACAAGAGCACUUCAAGAACGGGCAGAACUGUUGAUGAAAAUUGAUGAGGAAAAAGCUCAAGCAGAAGCUGAGAUUGAAAUCUUAAAGAGCACAAUCCAAUCAGGCGAAAGGGAAAUAAAUUCACUUAAAUACGAAUUGCAUGUUGUCUCCAAAGAGCUUGAAAUCCGCAAUGAAGAAAAGAACAUGAGUGUGCGCUCAGCUGAUGUAGCAACUAAACAGCACCAGGAAGAUGUCAAGAAAAUAUCAAAACUUGAAGCUGAAUGCCAAAGAUUACGUGGCCUUGUUCGAAAGAAGUUACCUGGUCCUGCAGCACUAGCUCAAAUGAAAAUGGAGGUGGAGAGCUUGGGUAGAGAGUAUGGAGACCACAGAGUACGACGAUCUCCUGCAAAGAAUUCUAGUUUCCAUCGGCCCAUGUCUCCUAUGUCUCCUGUUCCUGAUUACGCAAUCGAGAACAUACAGUACAUGCAGAGAGAGAAUGAGUUUCUGACUGCUCGUUUAUUAACAAUGGAAGAAGAAACCAAGAUGCUUAAAGAGGCAUUGACAAAGCGAAACAGUGAGCUGCAAUCUUCAAGAAGCAUGUAUGCUAAGACAGCAGGAAAGCUCCGAAGCUUUGAAGUUCAUAUGUUGACUGGAAACCAACAUAAGAGUCCAACUAUGAACAUGGAUAUUCAUUUUGAUGGUGCACUGAGCCAAAAUGGAAGCAACCCACCUAGCAUGACUUCCAUGUCUGAAGAUGGGGUUGAUGAUGAAGGAAGUUGUACAGAAUCUUGGGCCAACACUCUGGUGUCUGAGCUCUCUCAGUUCAAAAAAGAGAAGGCUGCCAAGAGCAGUGCGACAGAAAGCUCCAAUAGGUUGGAACUCAUGGAUGACUUCUUAGAGAUGGAGAGAUUAGCAUGUCUGUCUUCUGAUGUUAAUGGCAAUGGCAGCACUAUUGACAAAAUGAAGAUAGAUGAAGUUGGGGCUACUUUGUCUGACUUUACUGAAAGAGAUGGUGUUAAAGAUUUGCAGUCAGCUUCACCAAUGACAGAAAGUCCAUCUAAUAAACAGCGUUUGUCUGAGAAAUCUUCGCUUUCGAAAUUCCAGUCAAGAAUAUCUUUAUUACUGGAUUCUGAAUCAGCAGAGAAUAAUGCUGAGGUACUUGAUAGUAUCAGAAACAUUCUAAAGGAUAUUGAAGAUGAGGCAGAUUCGGUGAACACAAAUGGAACUCAUCAUUCAGGCAGGACCUUAAGUUUAGAUAGCAAAUGUGCCAUCGAUCAAGAACUUAAGAAUGCCAUAUUGAAGAUUCAAGACUUUGUUAAGUUACUUGAUCAAGAAGUCUCCAAGUUUCAAGGCCAGUCAUCUGAUUAUAAUGGGCUAAGUGAGAAAACACAACAGUUCUCUGCAUUGGUUGACAAAGUUCUGUCAAACGAUGAUGUCCUAAAUGAUAUUGUCAUGGCACUGUCUGUUAUCUUGUCAGAAACUAGCCAGAUUAAGUUGACACUGUUGAGAGACAACAACAAUGAAGCAGAAAGUAAUAACUUAGAUUGUGUUGAUAAAGUGACUCUACUUGAAAAUAAGGUGCAGCCUGAGCCAGUAAAAGACAAUGGUUCUGGUCUCUGCCCACUGUUGCCUCAUUCAUCUUCUGAUCCUGAGUUUGAGGGGCCUACUGAUGCUGGAUUUGAUGUUAAGGCUGCAGUGAAGGUAUGCUCGCCGGAGGAAUAUGAACAACUUAAAUCUGAGAGGACAAAUUUGGAGGGAGAGUUAGCAAAGUGCAACAAAAUAAUAGAAGAAACAAAGGUUAGAUUAAGUGAUAUGGAGAAAAACCUGGAAAACCUCACAUCUAAGUUGGCUGACAGUGAGAAAUCAAAUAGCUUGAGUGAGACACAGUUGAAGUGUAUGGCUGAAUCCUACAAGUCACUUGAAUCAAGGAAACUUGAAUUAGAAAAUGAGAUAGAAGUGCUAAGGUCCAAAAUAGAUGCUUUAACAGCUGAACUCUCUGAUGAAAGGCAAAGUCAUCAGGACGACUUAGUUAAAUACAGAGAUCUCGAGGAGAAGAUGGAAAGGUAUGAGAUGGAGAGGAGUUCAAUGCUUGUGGAUGGGGACCCAGACACCAAGUCAAAGCAGGAUAAAGAGAUAGGGGCUGCAGCAGAGAAACUGGCAGAGUGCCAGGAGACCAUAUUGAUUCUUGGCCGUCAGCUGCAAGCUAUGCGUCCUCCAGCCGAGUCACUCGGCUCUUCACCUAAUCGGCAAGGCACGGAGAACUUUCUACAGGACGUGGUAGGAACAACCGCAGGAGAAUAUUCCCAGAAGCCUUCAGGCCAACCUGAUACAGACCAGGAUAUGCUUGGGACAGGAAAUGUCUCUCCGGUCAAUGGAUACAAGACACACAUGAUCCCUUCUGAUGCAGACGGAAGCCCUUUCCUUUCUCCGAACAGCUCCAAGCGCCCGAAGCAUCGAUCGAGAUCCUCUUCGUCUUCGUCAUUCACCAACCACCAGUUGCCAGACAAACAGAGCCGAGGAUUCAGUCGGUUCUUUGCGAAGACCAAAGAGUGAAACUUCUCCCGAUUGGGUGGGAUGGUGGAGGACAUGAAUUUCUGUAGAGCUUAUUGAGGCAAGCCUUCGUGUGCGUUCUCUCAGGUCAGGUGAUGCUUUGGGUUGCUGGAAUAAUACUCAGCUUGCAGUCGAGCGGGUCGUGGGCCAGAGUGUUGCGGAAUGUAUGUUAUCAGUCUCUUCUGCUAGAGCUUUUCUGGGUUGCUGUGUGUUUGAAACCUCACUGUACAUGUGCUUACAUGCAUGAAGGAGCAUGGUUGUUGGUUUGUGUUUAAUCUUCUUGUGAAUUAGCAUGUGUAUUUUCCUUGUACUGGUUUCAUGUACAGUUAACCUGCGCUAAUUUCAAGGGCAUUGAUAUACGUAUUAUAUUGUGUUGAUCA